CUUUCUCGGUGGCGCGCUGCGCGUUCCCAGAUACAGAAACUCCUGGCUUUAGUAAAUUAGGUGAACGCACUGAUUCCGUCCGUGGGAGCGCCCUCAAACCGGUGAGAUGCAGGCUCCGACAAACUAUCAAGCGAUUCCAGGUGGCUAUGUGGUUCCAACCGCCCCUCCAUCGUACGACGAGGCAAUUAAUAGCUAUCCACCCUAUCCACCAUACCCGAUGCCUCAAGGAGGGAUGGACGCAAAGAACAUGAACAGCCCUCCCUGUAUAGUUCAGCCUAUGCCUGCCCCUUCCCCCAUGCAACCUCCUGUUACAGUUCAGACCGUGUACGUUCAGCAACCACUAACAUUUCACGAUCGUCCUGUUCAGAUGUGCUGCCGGUCUUGCAACGGAAUGGUUACUACUCGUCUUAGUUAUACUUCAGGAGCGCUUGCCUGGUUGUCUUGUGGGGGUUUGUGCUUGUUGGGCUGUGGAUUGGGUUGCUGCCUCAUUCCCUUUUGUGUCGAUGCAUUAAAGGACGUGGAUCAUUACUGCCCCAACUGCAGUGCCCUUCUAGGAACGUACAAACGAAUCUAAAGAAAUACCUAGUUUAUGUGUUUUGGUUCCUUGUUCUUAACCCAUUAUUUAUAUUUCGAGUGCAAAACUAUGCAGCAUUGUGUAUUGAUGUCUGUUUGUCCUUGCCAAAAGUGUGCAUGUUGAUGGGUAUAAUCUACCAAUAUGCUGUGAAGUGGGCUGUACAUACCUUCCCAGUGAAUAGGUAAGACUUUAUUCAGUAUUGUCAUACAAAAUAUUCUAUAAUACAUGGCAUGCAUCAAGCUGAGGAACCCCUAGAAUAUAUUUUAGCUGUUCCUCCACUAUAUUAAAACUAACCCUCUAAAAACAGUAAAGAAGAAAGAGGGAGGAUCAGUGCACAUCACAUUAAUAUACUGUGAUCAGGAUCUAAUGUAUGAGGUACAUGAGGUAUUCAUAUUUACAUUUGUAAUUUUAUACCCCUAAAAUUAACUACUUCCGUCUCUAACUAAAAAAAAUAAUAGUUUAAGGUCUUGAAAUGCAUGAUAUUUAUUAAAUGUGUCUUGAAAGUCAGUCAAUUGUAUUAGGGAAAUAGACUAAGGGACUAUUCAGAAAAAAUUACAAAAAUUGUGAACACUCGCAUAAUAAGCAUAUAAAUAUAAAAUAUGCUAAAUAUUUAAAUACACACUACCCGUCCUAUAAGUGCCACUUAACAUAUCUCAGGAAUAAAUACAGUCACACUAUUUGGCCAAAUAGCUCGGCUUCACUUCAAGUAUGCCACUUUCAACGAGUCCUGUCUAAACCUGACAUGGCCAUAUUGAGCUGAAUCGAUGGUGCUGCAUUGCUUUUAACACUUUACUAUUAUACGCAAUUCUUGUUUUGCACUUUUGCCAUAUGAGGAAAGGCCAGCAAAGUUUCGAAAUCGCACACAAGGCUCAGAUUUUUGACUUUUGUUUUGUAAUUAUAACUUAAUAUUUGAAAAAAAAAAAUGCUGUUGCGUUCACUUUAAGUUUGUAAUAUUAAGAGCCAUUUUCCAAGUUAAUCACUGUUUCAUUGUUGGCAGAGUUUUUUUUGUUUUUUUUUUAUAUACGUAAUUACUAGACAAAGUGUGUAUAUCGUUAUUACUCCAAGAUAACAUUGUGAUUACAACUCAAAAAUUGUUUCAAAGGACCAAAAUGUUUCCUAAAUCCUGUUGCAAGAUGUUUACAAUUGUAUUUUUACAAUUUUUGUAAUAAAACGUUUAUGAUUUGUGUAAUUUUAAUUGUAUUAAGUGCCUAUCUAAUCACAAAUAAAUGGAAUUAGAAUUAUGCGGAA